AUGGACUUGGGCCCACCUGAGGGCAGCUUGGACGUCAGUCACGGAGUCACUUAUGGGCUGGACUACUGCGAUGGCGUCGUGCCUCCUUGUGCGUCCCUGCGCACCAUUGCUCCUGGUCCUCACAGAGCCCGCUCAUUUUACAGGCAGGCAUUUUACAGGCUGGUCGUGCAAGCCAAGAAGCAGAGAUGCCCUCUGGGGGAGCGGCCACUGGCCUGCCCCUGCGUCCGGAGCUUUCUGGAGGGCCUGCUCUCCAUCCAGGAGAGGCCGGCCGGACGGAAGACGCUCAUCCCGGCGGACGGUCUUAAAGGUCUCUGUGCUCGCUCGGGUGGCGCUCUGGCGGCUCCUGGCCCGGCCCACCUUGCUCUCAGUCCACCUCCGUCCGUCCGCUUUCGCCGCGUGCUGCAGUCCUUCCUGGCUCCCCUUCGUGUCGCGCGCCCCUGUGCUGCUGAGCGUGAGCUGGUCUUCCUGCGCCCUGUUGCUCGGCUCGCACUGCGCCCGGGGAGCUUGCAGGGCUCGAGCGCGUGGGCGCGCAGGGGUAAGGGGCCCCCAGUGGUAUGGGACCCCCAGUGGUAUGGGGCCCCCAGUGGUAUGGGGCCCCCAGUGGUAUGGGACCCCCAGUGGUAUGGAGCCCCCAGGGGCGGGCCCCCGGGGCUCGGAGCCGAGCGCAUCCUGGCGGUGCCGGUGCGCACUGACGCCCAGGGCCGCCUGGUGUCCCACGUGGUGUCGGCGGCGGCGGUCGCGGUGGGGGUGCGAGCCCGUAGGGCUGUCCCGGCCCCGACCUCUGGCUUCCCCGGGGGCAGCGAGGAGGACCCCAGCGGCCGCCUCUACUACAACGUCACGGUUUUCGGACGAGACCUGCACCUGCGGCUGCGACCCAAUGGCCGCCUUGUGGCUCCCGGUGCCACUGUGGAAUGGCAGGGCGAGGCGGGUGCCACCCGCGUGGAGCCCCUGCUUGGGACCUGCCUCUACGUCGGGGACGUGGCCGGUUUGGCUAAAUCCUCCUCCGUGGCGCUCAGCAACUGCGAUGGGCUGGCUGGUCUGAUCCGGAUGGAGGAGGAGGAGUUCUUCAUUGAGCCCCUGGACAAAGGGCUGGUGGCGAAGGAGGCUGAGCAGGGCCGCGUGCACGUAGUUUACCGUCGCCCGCCCACAUCCACGGCCCCUCUGCUCAGGGGCCCACAGGCCCUGGACACGGGGACCUCCGCGGACAGCCUGGACAGCCUCAGCCGGGCCCUGGGAGUCCUGGAGGAGCGAGUGAACAGCUCCCGCCCGAGGGUGCGCAGGCAUACGGCCGACGACGAUUACAACAUCGAGGUGCUGCUGGGUGUGGACGACUCUGUGGUCCAGUUCCAUGGAAAGGAGCAUGUACAGAAGUACCUGCUGACUCUCAUGAACAUCGUCAACGAAAUCUACCACGACGAGUCGCUGGGGGCCCACAUCAAUGUCGUCCUGGUGCGCAUCAUCCUGCUGAGCUACGGGAAGUCCAUGAGCCUCAUCGAGAUCGGGAACCCCUCCCAGAGCUUGGAGAAUGUUUGCCGCUGGGCCUACCUACAGCAGAAGCCGGACACAGGCCACGAUGAGUACCACGACCAUGCCAUCUUCCUCACCCGGCAGGACUUCGGGCCCUCAGGCAUGCAAGGCUAUGCUCCGGUCACUGGGAUGUGCCACCCUGUUCGAAGCUGCACACUGAACCAUGAAGACGGCUUCUCCUCAGCAUUUGUGGUGGCCCAUGAGACUGGCCACGUGCUGGGCAUGGAGCAUGACGGGCAGGGCAACCGCUGUGGAGACGAGGUGCGCCUGGGCAGCAUCAUGGCGCCGCUGGUGCAGGCCGCCUUCCACCGCUUCCACUGGUCCCGCUGCAGCCAGCAGGAGCUCAGCCGAUACCUGCAAUCCUAUGACUGCCUGCGGGACGACCCCUUCGCCCACGACUGGCCCGCGCUGCCCCAGCUCCCCGGGCUGCACUAUUCCAUGAACGAGCAGUGCCGCUUCGACUUCGGCCUGGGCUACAUGAUGUGCACCGCGUUCCGGACCUUUGAUCCCUGCAAACAGCUGUGGUGCAGCCACCCUGACAACCCCUACUUCUGCAAGACCAAGAAGGGGCCCCCCCUGGAUGGAACCAUGUGUGCACCUGGCAAGCACUGCUUCAAAGGACACUGCAUCUGGCUGACACCCGACAUCCUCAAACGGGACGGCAACUGGGGCGCCUGGACCCCCUUUGGCUCCUGCUCACGCACCUGUGGCACAGGUGUGAAGUUCAGGACCCGCCAGUGUGACAACCCACAUCCCGCCAACGGGGGCCGCAGCUGCGCGGGCCUGGCCUAUGACUUCCAGCUCUGCAACCCCCAGGACUGCCCCGACACGCUGGCCGACUUCCGCGAGGAGCAGUGUCGCCAGUGGGACCUGUACUUCGAGCACGGCGAUGGCCAGCACCACUGGCUACCCCACGAGCACCGUGAUGCCAAGGAGAGAUGUCACCUCCACUGCGAGUCCAAGGAGACCGGGGAGGUGGUGUCCAUGAAGCGCAUGGUGCAUGAUGGGACACGCUGCUCCUACAAGGACGCCUUCAGCCUCUGCGUGCGUGGGGACUGCAAGAAGGUGGGCUGUGACGGGGUGAUCGGCUCCAGCAAGCAGGAGGACAAGUGUGGCGUGUGCGGCGGGGACAACACCCACUGCAAAGUGGUCAAAGGCACGUUCACGCGCUCCCCCAAGAAGCUCGGUUACAUCAAGAUGUUUGAGAUCCCCGUGGGGGCGCGACACCUGCUCAUCCAGGAGGCUGACACUGCCAGCCACCAUCUGGCCAUCAAGAACCUGGAGACAGGCAAGUUCAUCUUAAAUGAAGAGAACAACCUGGACCUCAAUUCCAGAUCCUUCAUCGCCAUGGGUGUGGAGUGGGAGUACAGGAACGAGGGCGGCCGGGAGACGCUGCAGACCAUUGGCCCGCUCCGCGGCACCAUCACCGUGCUGGUCAUCCCUGAGGGAGACGACCGGAUCUCACUGACGUACAAAUACAUGAUCCACGAGGACUCUCUCAAUGUUGACGACAACAAUGUGGUGGAGGAGCAUACUGUGAGCCACGAGUGGGCGCUGAAGAAGUGGUCUCCCUGCUCCAAGCCCUGUGGCGGAGGGUCACAGUUUACCAAGUAUGGCUGCCGCCGGAGGCUGGACCACAAGAUGGUGCACCGGGCCUUCUGCAACGCCCUGGCAAAGCCCAAAGCCAUCCGCCGUGCUUGCAACCCGCAGGAGUGCUCCCAGCCUGUGUGGGUCACGGGCGAGUGGGAGCCCUGCAGUCGGAGCUGUGGGCGGACCGGCCUGCAGGUGCGCUCCGUGCGCUGCGUCCAGCCGCUGCACAACAACACCACACGCUCUGUGCACACCAAGCACUGCAAUGACAACCGGCCCGAGAGCCGCCGGGCCUGCAACCGUGAGCUCUGUCCUGGUCGGUGGCAGGCUGGGUCCUGGUCCCAGUGCUCCGUGACCUGUGGCAAUGGCACCCAGGAGCGGCCAGUGCUCUGCCGCACAGCGGAUGACAGCUUCGGUGUCUGCCGGGAAGAGCGACCUGAGACGGCGAGGGUCUGCAGGCUCAGUCUCUGUCCGCGAAACACCUCGGACCCCUCCAAGAAGAGCUACGUGGUUCAGUGGCUGUCGCGCCCGGACCCCGACUCACCUGUCCAGAAGAUCUCAAAGGGCCACUGCCAAGGCGACAAGUCAAUGUUCUGUAGGAUGGAGGUCUUGUCCCGUUAUUGCUCCAUCCCGAGCUACAACAAGCUGUGCUGCAAGUCCUGCAACCUGCGCAACGCCACCGACGCCGACGACCAAGCGGAGCCGCAGCCCGGGAAGCACAACGACAUCGACGUGUUCAUGCCCACACUCCCAGGCCCCACACUGAGCGCGGAGGGUCCGCCUUCACCUGUACCCCCGCUAGAGGUCCCUGGCAACGCCUCCAGCGCCAAUGCCACGGAGGACCGUCCGGAGGCGAAUGCCGUAGACGUGCCCUACAAAAUCCAAGCCCUGGAUGACGAAGCCCAGCCACCUAACCUAAUCCCUCGACGACCGAGCCCAUAUGAGAAGACCAGGAACCAGAGGAUCCAGGCGCUCAUCGAUGCCAUGCGGAAGAAAGAGACGCUCGGGAAGUUCUAAUAAAGUGGAAAGAUAGCACCAGUAGCAUUUUUUUUUUCUUGUUUCUAAAGAUAAUUCAUGGGAUAGCAAAUCCUGUGUCAAGAAGAUGAAGCCAAUUCCUGAUUCCAAACAUUUUGGGAAAACAAAGGGGGUGGUGGAGCAAAUACCUACAUAGAUAUGUGUGUGUGGCCACCAAGCAGAUGUGUGUGCUGCCAGUCCAGGGGCGGCCUAAGCCCAGGGUGUGCGGUGGGCUGAGCUGUGGGCGGAGGUGGCAGGAAGGCUGGGCCAUGUCACCUCCAUCAGAGAGAGGUGGUGAGAGGCACAGCUCUGAGAGAGAACAUGCCUGAGGGGCUGGCGGUGGCUGGGAGAGGCCUUUCUGUGGCGGGGCUACAGGCCGUGUCCUGCUGAUGCCCAGAGAGGAGCCCCAGGGAGGUGAGCAGUGGGUGAGCCACGGCCUGGAUGAAAAGUGAGAUGGAAGCCACGGGCUCCCAACCCUCCAGGGCUAGGCAUGAAGUAAGGAGGGGCGUAACGGCUAGGUAGGCAUGGAGCUAAGCUGAGGGCCACCUCCGUUUACAGCUGACCAUCAGCUCCACCAUUGCUGUCACUGAAAUCGGUGCUUCUCUCAUUGGCCUCCACCCUGGCUUGCCAGACAGUGUGUAGAUUUUCCCAGGAAAACUCUGACUCUUUGAAGUUUGACUCAAAGUAUGUUUGGUUUCUUGAUGCGCUCACUGCAGCCUCCGUCUCUCACCUCCCACAACACAGAUAAAGAAUUAAGGACUUCAGAAGUCUCCUGACCCCUUGGUGCCCACAUUGCUUGGUGCUUGGUUGUCUCCUUUGGGUUGGGCUGUGCAGCUCUGUCUGCUUCUCCAGAGGCACUGUGACCCCUGUGACUGGGGACAGGCUGGAGUGGGAGGCGAGGGCCAUGGGGAAGACCCUGGACUCUGUCCUCAGCAGCCCUCCUGCACUCUGGCCUCCUGGCUCUGGGGCCUCCGUGCCCCUCCCAUGGCCAGAGGAUGAGCAAGGUUGUGCUUCCCGGGGUCUCCCUCUGCCCUCAGGUGCUGCGAGGAUGCUGCACCCGGUGGGCUGGCUUUGCUUCUGAGCACCAGCUCUGCCUGGGAGGGCUCCCCCAUCUCCCCCUGCGCCAGCCCCACCUUGGUCCCUUAGAAGGCUCAGAACCCAGCAGGGACCUGAAGACACGGCCCCUGAGGGCAUGCAGCUGGGCUUGGCAAAGGCCUGUCUUCCCUUUUGCUCUUUCAAGGGAUCUAUGACUGGUAAGAAUACAAAGCCUGAGACCUAGGAGCUCUCACUUCACUCUGUCCGGAAGUGCAGUUUUCAGUGGAUCUUUUCCACUUUGAAGAACCUGAGUUCUCAGCUUGCCAGUGGUGCUUUGUGAGCAGGAUGGAAGGGAAAGGAAGCGGGAGGGCGGGGCGAAGGCCCAGGGGCAUGCAGUGGCUAGGCCACACCUCUUGCCACACUGAUAUUUUAUACACAUGCUUCCGAUACCCAAAAUGGCAAGACCCAGAGCCUGUUCGCUCCAUACUGGCCUGGCUUGACACAUAACUCUGAAACUUCCCUUGUCCAGGAAUGUUCUAGAGGCUUUGUGUUCUCACCAGUCAUAGACCUCAGAGAACUCCCCACUAGAUUAUGGAGUGCUGAGGUUCAGGAGGUUCCCUGAUGGCUGUCUUGCCCUGCGUUUUGAGGUGCUGGUAAGUCUGUUUGUCCGAGCAUGUGUGGGCAUGCGCGUGUCUGGGUGAUGUCUGAGGACAGUGACAGUGUGGGGACCAGCCGCAGUGGUGUCUGGGUGCAUAAUGCUCUCCUCCUGGCUGGCAGCCGCUGCCCGGCCCCGCCAGCCUCCCCUUGCUGCUGCCGCUCCCCACCCUUUGCUCUCCUCUGUCUUCCGGAGAAUCAAACAGUAUCUCUAGUAUCUCUUGUGAGAUGUGGUGGAGAGCAUGUUGUAGUCCUGCUGCUCUGUAAGUCAGGAAUGGGUCUGAGGCUUUCCCUCAUGUGUAGAAUCCCAUGUUAGUUAUGGGCUGGAGAAUGAAAGAUUUCUUGCUCAGGUCUAUAGUAGAAUGCAGAGGAAAUUCAGGGCUAAUGCUAGCCAGGGACGCUUCUCAGUUACCCAGCCUAGGGUCUGUGGAAUGGGACUGCCCAUUCCCAGAGGCCAAGAGAGGCCUUCCCUGGAUACCUGUCCUCUGCCAGAGAGAGGUGUCCUCAGGCACUGAAGCCCAACCUGGCCACAGCCCCACAUGCCACCCCCAGGGCCUUGCCCCUUGCAGUCACACAGUUCUCUGGAGGUGAGGUGGCUCUCGGUCGCCACUCCUUCUGAGAAGCGCCGCUUCACUAGGCUCUUGGGAACUGCACAUCUCCCCUGAGCACAUGUAGAACAGGCUUGCACACCCUCGUGAGUGUUCCCAGCCAGCUGAGUGGACCGUGCACGCGGGCGGGCACACGCCUUCGAGCUGAGGUUUCUAACACUGAGUGAUGCCCAGCUGUGCACAUCACCUGGAAAGUCUCCUGAGAUACCCAAAAGUCACUUCUCAUUCUGGGGGAGGGGAGAUGUGUGCUAGAUUUGGGGACCUAACUCUCUGAUACACUUUUCCUGGAAAACCCAUGGAAUUUCAUAGAUAAGCCUUUUGUUUGUACUUUAGGGUUUUUCUUGUCUGUUCUGAGUAUAUCAUGGUGCUCAGUAGCAACGCCGAUGUCAGAUGAAGCCUUACGACUAUUUACUCCUGUAUGACAGGUAGCCACCAUACAGGACCCUCGAGGUGCUGAGCUCAGAUCACAAACUUCUAUCUCACUGAUAACCGCCACUAAUACAUUUUUGUUCUGUAUAGAAUUUGAAAUCCUAGUUUUAUAACUUAUUAAA